AUGCCCAAUCAUGCCAUGUCUGAGAAGAGGCUCUCGGAAGAUGAUUUAGCGAGCUUGGGAGCUAAAUCUUGUAUACCGAUCGCUAUCGUGGGGAUAGGUUUUCGGGGCCCGGCAGAGGCCAAAAAUGUCAACAGGCUGUUGGAGAUGAUCGUGAAUGGGAGAGAAGCAUGGUCUCCCAUUCCCGCUAAAAGGUGGAAUAACAAGGCGUUUUAUCAUCCAGAUAACGCCCGACAUGGAUCUAUCAACGUGGAGGGUGGUCAUUUUCUCGAGGAAGAUAUUUCGGUGUUUGACGCACCGUUUUUCAACAUGACAGGCGACGAAGCGGCGGCGAUGGAUCCACAGCAGAGGUUACUGCUGGAGGUGACAUAUGAAGGACUUGAGAAUGCCGGUAUCCCGUUAAACAAGAUCGCAGGGACGAAUACAUCGUGUUUUGUGGGAUCAUUUUCUGCAGACUAUACCGAUCUUCUUCUCCGCGACCCCGAUUGCGUACCAAUGUACCAGUGUACCAACGCGGGACAGUCGCGCGCGAUGACAGCAAAUCGGCUGUCAUAUUUCUUCGACCUCAAAGGUCCCAGUGUCACAGUUGACACAGCCUGCUCAGGGAGUCUGGUCGCGUUGCAUCUAGCAUGUCAAAGCCUCCAAACCGGAGACGCCACGACCGCAAUCGCAGCAGGCGUCAACUUGAUCCUAAGCCAUGAGUUUAUGUCAACUAUGAGCAUGAUGAGAUUCCUCUCACCCGACGGACGAUGCCAUACCUUUGACGAAAAAGCAAAUGGAUAUGCACGAGGAGAAGCGGUGGGUUGUCUCAUUCUUAAACCCCUGACCAAGGCAUUACACGACAGCAACACGAUCCGAGCCGUGAUACGAGGAACCGGAUCGAAUCAGGAUGGUCGCACUGCGGGAAUAGCCUUGCCGAGUCGGGUCGCACAAGAAAACUUGAUUCGAAGUGUUUAUGCUCGCACCGGGUUGGAUCCUUCGCAAACUGACUUUGUGGAGGCACACGGCACUGGAACACAGGCUGGAGACCCCUUGGAAACAAAAGCUAUUUCGGAGGUCUUUGGAGCUGGUCGUCCUGCUGAUAAUCCCGUCCGCAUUGGUUCCAUCAAGACUAAUGUCGGUCACCUGGAAGGUGCGAGUGGUGUCGCGGGUGUCAUCAAGGCGGUGCUGAUGUUGGAGAAUCGAAUGUUCCUUCCCAACCGCAACUUCGAGAAGUUGAACCCUCAUAUACAUUUAGAUGAAUGGAACCUCAAGAUACAAUUGGUUGCUGAGCCUUGGGAGACAAUAGGGCCCCGCAGGAUCUCCGUCAAUAGCUUUGGUUAUGGAGGAAGCAAUGCUCAUGUGAUCAUCGAGGAAGCAAAAAGUCAUCUCUCAGAAGUAGGCUGCGACACUAUUUGCCAUUUGUCAGAAGUUCGAAUGAAGCAGCAGGAUACGAACAUUCCUGCCUCAUCAUCUGAGCCUCCCCGAGUGUACCUUCUGUCCGGGUUUGAUGAGGCAUCAUGUGCCAGGCAAAUGCAAAGCUUGCACACAUAUAUACUUCAAACAAAGAACGAAUCGACCAGUGAAUUCCUUGACAAUCUUGCCUUCACCGUCAAUGAGCGACGCACCUUGUUCCCUUGGAAAGCUGCUGUCGUGGGAAGUACAAUUGAAGACUUGGCAGCUUCGCUCUCUCGAAAAACAAAAGCCAGGAGUUCCAUUCAAAGACCCAGAAUUGGAUAUGUGUUUACAGGACAAGGUGCACAGUGGCCUGGAAUGGGUCGAGAUUUACUUCAAGCUUAUCCUGUCUUUCAAGGUUCAAUAUCCGACAUUGAUACAUAUCUGAAAGAGAUCGGAUGUGCAUUCCAAGUCAAAGGUUUGCAACCCAUUCCAGUCAAUAGUUUCAACCUAACACACCUUGUUACAGAAGAGAUUAUGACACCUCCCGAGCAGUCAAACAUUAAUCACCCGAGCUUGAGUCAGACCGCGUGCACGGCAUUGCAGAUUGCACUCGUUGAUCUACUGAGAUCAUGGGGAGUAUACCCGGACUCGGUUAUGGGGCAUUCCAGUGGAGAGAUUGCUGCUGCUUAUGCAGCAGGCUCCCUGAGCAUGAAAGAUGCAAUGUCUGUGGCAUACUACCGAGGGGUCGUGGCGAGCCAACUUCUAGACGGCUCAGCCAAGGGCGCCAUGAUGGCGGUAGGGCGGUCCGUCGAAGAAGCACAGGCUUACCUGGAUCGAUUCUCACCCACGGACUUGCUCGUCGUGGCUUGUAUCAACAGUCCAUCAAGUGUUACCGUGUCGGGAAACGAAGAAUCAAUUGAUAUGCUUGCUCAAAUGCUCAAGGACCAAUCUGUCUUUCAUAGGCGCUUGGAAGUAGGCGUCGCGUAUCACUCUCCUCACAUGGAGCGUGUGGCAGAACAGUAUAGCAGCUUCAUUCAUCAUAUCCAGGUGUUGAAGUUGACUGGAUCAGAAGAACUCAACAGCGACAGCCCUACUCCUCGAUUCUUCUCUUCGGUUUCUGGAACGCUGUUGUCGACUGACCACCUCGACUACAAAUACUGGGUUUCCAACUUGACAGGGCGGGUGAAUUUUGCUGACGCCCUGAAGGCAUUGUGCUUUGAGACUCAAGGUCAGCGCGAGCGCCGUGUGGGCUUAAGCAGAAUCAAAAAAGUCAAGACUGCUCAAAAGCCCUCGGUUGACUGUCUGAUCGAAAUCGGUCCACAUUCGGCACUUGCUGGUCCUAUUAGACAGAUCAUUCGAGCAGACACUAAGCUCAGCUCUGCCGACAUAUUAUACGUGAAUCUUCUGACUCGCAACGCCAAUGCGGUAACCACUGCAAUCAGUGCAGCAGCGACGAUGGCAACACUGAAUUAUCCGGUGAACUUUGGGGCAGUCAACAGACCAAAGCAGCCGACGGCGCAGGAUCAAUUGGAGCUCCUUGUUGAUCUUCCGCCGUAUUCAUGGGAUCAUACUAGGAGCUACUGGGCGGAACCACGGCUUAGCAAGAUGUAUCGCAACCGACCGACACCGCGAUUAGAUCUGAUUGGUGCUCCAGACAACAUGGCAUGUCCCACUGAGCCUCGCUGGCGAAAUCAUCUCCGUACCUCGGAGCUGCCUUGGCUCUUAGAUCACAAAAUACAGGGUAGCAUCGUCUUCCCAGCUGCUGGAUAUCUCGCUAUGGCCAUAGAGGCUGCAAAACAAAUGACCAAAACUGACGAGGACUCGCCAACUUACCUUUUACAAGGGGUGGAGAUCAAAACAGCCCUGGUAAUUACUGAAAGAUCUGCUUUUGAAAUUAUGAUGUCCCUGCACACGCCUGAAUACCAUCGCAGUGAUUUGUUCAACUUUCGCAUUUAUUCCAUCUCACCAGAUAACAGAUGGACCGAGCACUGCAGUGGCUGGGUUGGAAGACAAAAGACCUAUGGGACAUCCAAAGACGGAGCUGAAGACGCUGAUGACUAUGUCAUGGUUCCUCUCGGAACUGAGGUCCACGGAGUCUCGGUCAUUGACAUCAAAAGCUUCUAUGAAAAGCUCCAAAGUUCUGGACUGGAGUAUGGACCAUGCUUCAAAAAUCUGACAGAAGCACGCGUGACACAAGAUGGGUCGUGCUUUGCAGAGAUCACUGUGCCAGAUACCAAACCUGUGAUGCCUGCUACGUUCCAACAUGACUCGAUGAUCCAUCCUUGUUUACUGGACAGUAUAUUUCAUACUAUUCUCGCGGCUCUACCGGUAGGCAACGGUGUUGAAGAAGGGCCAGUCAUACCGGUGUCGAUCGAGGAAAUGACCGUUUCUUCCCGCCUCAAUUGCCUGCCCGGGGAGAAAAUGAGUACGUGCACCCACGUGCGUCCAGCGUCAGGGAAGGAUGUCAGAGCAUGUGUUGUUGUGAUGGAAUGCAACGAUAAAAGAUUCGAGAUGGAGCCAAGUAUCUCCAUUCGUGGUCUGCGGUGCGCUCGGUUGAGUCGUCUCGAACAUUCAUCAUCAUCAAACAGGGAGGCGGGUAUGAUAUAUCGCAUUGAUUGGAAGCCCGAUUUUUCCUUCCUUGAAAGCAGAAAUGGCUCGACCAUAUUAGCAAGCAGUCAACACCAAGAAGACCCAGGUCUUGCUGAGAAAGAGCAUUGGGCCGCCGAGUUUAUAAGAAAUGCGUUGAAGGAGGUCAGCCCGAAAGAAGCGAUGGCCUUCGAUAUUUCGCACCGUCGACUCUGGUGUUAUUUCCAGGAUGUUCUAGAACGAUACGACAAGGACAACCUGCUUGGUUCAGGCGUGGAAGAUAUGGGGUACGCUCAUAUAGGCCAUCUUCUACAAAAGGUUGGCUCAAAUCUCGUGAAUGUCAUUCGAAACCAGGUGGACUAUUCUACCGUCGUCGAAGACGAGAAAUGGCUGCUUGAGUACUGGAACAUGUUUGCGACUGAUCCAUCGUACCAAGCCGCAGCGAAUUACAUUGAGCUAAUUGGUCACAAAAACCCUGAUAUAUCCAUCAUCGAAUUCGGGGUUGGUACAGGUCAGAUCUCAGAGAUAUUCUUGAAACAUCUUGUGACGUCUGAUGGCACAUCUCGCCUCUCGAAAUAUACAUUUGCGUACGAGAGCGCUUCUGUAAUCGAACAGGCGUCGAAGAAACUUGAGCCAUGGACUGGUCGGGUGGAAUGUAAGCUCCUGGACCUUCGUACCCAGUUGUCCCAGCAGGGAGUGGAACAUGGCUCUUUUGAUGUGAUCAUUCUGCCUCAUGGGCUUUGCACCGCUCGCUGUGAACAAGAUGCGCUUUCUGAAAUAUAUGACCUGUUAUCCCCAUCGGGGUGUUUGAUUGCAAUCAACCCGUUCGACCCAAGAGAAAGUGUUGUAAAGAGUGUUCUUUUUGGAGCGUUGCAUUGUCUUUCGGCAGACGAGUUCUGCUUGGGUCAAGGUGGAUGGACAGAAGGUCAAUGGUCCGAGAUUUUGAGCGCUGCAAAGUUUACUGCUGUUGACAUUUUCGCCGAGAAAGAUUCUCACAAAAGCCAUCAAUUCAUCGUCGCCAAAAAGAAUCGACUUGAGUUGUCAGCUUUGAGCAUCGCGAUAAUCGACGAAAACAAGUCCGACAAGACUGGAAACAUACUACUGGAUCACAUUAAAAAGUUAUCACCAAAAGUGAAUUUGACAGAUAUCAGGAGUGUGGACCCAAGAGGACAGAUCUGUCUAGUACUGGACAUCGAUAGAUCAUCAAUUCUUGCCAGUUGCAACGAAACCACGCUUGAAAAAAUCAAAUCGGUGUUUAUGCAUAGCGCAGGGGUUCUUUGGGUCACACGAGGCGGCACAAUCGAGCCUAAAAACCCAGAUGCUGGGCUGGUAUAUGGAUUCGCAAGAACAGCGCGUGCGGAAUCAGGCGUUCAAUCAAUCAUCACUCUCGAUCUUGACGCUCAGAACUGCCUUCCAGACAAAGAAGCUGGAGAGAUGAUAUUCAAGUUGUUGGUCUCGCGUGUCUUGCGGAGAAUCGCCGACUCUGAUACAGAAUAUGCGGAGAGGAACGGGGUGUUAUGUAUUCCGCGUGUUGUGGAUCAUUUGCUUGCAAAUGACACCUUGGCAAGUAUUGAUGACACUGAAUGUGUAUCUACCCAGCGGUUUCAAGAAUCUGAUCACCCCGUACGACUUUCGCGGAAGAGCGAUGCGCCCGGAUUCGUCCCUGACCACAAACUUUCGAAGAUUCCUUCUGAUAAUGUGGGAAUUUCAGUUCGAUCGUUUGCUUUGAGCCAAGGGGACAUUUUGAAGGAUCUUGAAUAUUGGGAUCAGGAUAAAACGCUCGGAAUAGAGUGCAGUGGGGUCGUUUCAAAGGUUGGCAGUGGGGUACACAGUGUGGCAGUGGGUGACCGUGUUGCAUGUCUUGGAUCUGGGACUGCAAGGACCCUUUAUCGCGAUCGAGCCUCGGCGUUUCAGAAGAUACGUGACGAUAUGACGUUUGAUACUGCCUCAUGCAUACCUCUCGCAUAUACAACGGCGUUGCAUGUCGUGAAUUAUGUGGCUGCCGUUGAAAGUGAAGAGAAUGUGUUGAUCCAUAAUGCUGGCAGUCCUUUCGGGCAAGCGAUCGUGGAUAUUUGCUUGUUCAAACGUGCCCGUGUGUUCGCGUCAGUUCGAAACCUCCAUGAGAAACAUGCACUAGUCUCCGCAUACGGACUACCAGUGGAGCAGGUCUUCGUACAUGGCGAAAUAGACAUUGUAAAAUCUUUGCUUCGUUUGACGGAUGGCAAGAAAGCGAAUGUUGUCUUGAGCUUUGAUGGAGCAGAAGAGGAUGACACAAGAAGCUGUACGGCGCCGUUCGGCCGAGUUGUUCAGCUCCAGACUGCUGUGUCAAUAGGGCACGAAUGGUCCUGUCUACAGAAUGCGACCGUAUCCGUUCUGAACAUGUUUGAAUUUUACAGAGACCGAAAGGACCUGGUGGCUAAUCUGUGGUCUAAAGUGGGACAGCUAUUUCUUGAUCAGCAACUUCGUGGGCCUGCAUCGAUAAAGAUGUAUCCCCUUCUAUCCGUGCAUGAAGCUAUCGAAGCUACUGCCACCCAGCAGCAGGUGGUGGUCUCUGCAGUUCCGAAUGACAUAGUUACUAUACCGAAGGACCCACAGCCAUUAUUCCAUGACCAUGCUUCCUACAUAUUGGUUGGAGGACUCGGCGGCAUCGGGCAACAAUUAGCUUUGUGGAUGGCACAGAACGGAGCGAAGAGCUUCAUUUUCAUAAAUCGCAGCGGAGAAACAAAAGCCCAGUCCAAAGCCAUCGUGAAAGAUUUGAUAGAAAGUGGCGUCCAAGUGACGAUCCGAGCUUGUGACAUAUCCAAUGCGCCCGAAGUGGGCCUUGUCUUUGACGAUCUCUCCAAAUGCGCCCCUCCCAUACGAGGCGUCAUACAGGCGGCCAUGGUGCUCAAAGACACUCACAUCGAGAAAAUGCAGAUGGAAGAUUACCAAACUGUCAUCGGUCCGAAACAUCUUGGCACCUGGAAUUUACAUCGCGCUCUCCCUUCUGACCUUGACUUUUUUGUUAUGCUCUCAUCCAUAAGCGGGGUAAUUGGCAAUGCCACGCAAGCUGCAUAUGCUUCCGCUUGCGCAUUCCAGGAUUCUUUCGCAGCUUACAGAAAUAGCCUUGGACUGACAGCAAUAUCGCUAGAUCUUGGCGUCAUCACGGAUGCCGGAUAUUUGGCAGAGAACAAAGAGUUGGCCAAAAAGAUGAAACGGCAAGGAUUCCACGGUACAGAUACAAAGGCCUUACUAUCUUUGAUCCGGGUCGCACUAGCGAAGCCUCAGAAGAACAUGUCGCAGAUGAUUACAGGCCUUGGUCAAUGGAAGGAGGGAGAAUCGCUCGGUAAUUUUGACGAGGCAGUGUUUUCACAUUUCCGACACAAAUUUGGGAGCCCGAGUCAAGUGUCACGAAGUCCAUUGGAAACGUUGAAAGUCAAUCUUGGUGCUGCAAAAACAACUGAGCAGGCAGCAACGGUGGUAUGCGAGAUGAUCAGUAAUAAACUGGCCUCUCACCUUUCCAUUCCGGUUGAGAACAUCGAUCCGUCAAAUCGGGUGUCGGAAUAUGGAGUUGACUCCCACGUGGCCAUCGAGCUACGCGACUGGAUUUCAAGAUCUAUGGCAUGCAACGUCCCCAUUCUGGAAAUCUUGGCCAAAUCCCUCACCGACUUAUCCUUCAAAGUCGCUAGUGAGAUAAAUCGGGACGAUGACGAGUAA